AUCAGGCGGCGCGUGCAUUCACAGUUUCACAUCAGCAACGCUUUCGAGUUAACACCCAGACCAUUCAAACGGGUGCGAGCAGAUGUUUUUAAAGGAAUUAGUUUUUCAAAGUAGGUUUAAAGAACAUCCUAAGGAUACAGUCUAAAGUGCACAGUAAUAGUAAUAACGCAUUUUCUUUGUCUGUUCUGCUUUCCCUUUAAUACGCUGCACAGGAAAUGGAGAGGAUACCGUUGAGUUUGGGCAGCUUGCGAACACUGCCGUGGUACGUUGCAGCUUCUCAGGUGCUCGGCGUGGCAUGUGUGGUGAUCACAGGUGUGUGGAUGGGACAUUACCGUGGAGGUUUUGCUUGGGAUGGUUCAGCACAAGAGCUUAACGUCCACCCCCUCUGCAUGGUCCUCGGCUUGGUCUUCCUUUAUGGAGAUGCUGUUCUGGUUUAUCGCGUCUUCAGAAGCGAGAGUAAACGCUCUGUGAAAAUUCUCCACGCUUUGCUGCACAUGAUGGCUCUCAUCAUCAGUAUUGUAGGUCUAGUGGCCGUAUUUGACUUCCAUGCGACGGCUAAGAUUUCCAACAUGUACUCGCUCCACAGCUGGUGUGGCAUGAUUACCUUUGUUGUGUUUAUCUUACAGUGGUUGCUGGGCCUGGGAUUUUUCCUGUUUCCCUGGGCAUCUGCUCAAUUGAGGAGCUGGUAUCUCCCACUGCACAUCUUCUUUGGCUUGUUGCUGCUGGCCAUGUCUGUAGGAACCUGUCUGCUGGGUAUCACAGAGAAAUUGCUUUUUAAUAUCAUGGCGACCUACUCCGAAUUUGCGGCAGAGGGGGUUCUAGCGAACACCUUAGGCUUGUUGCUGGUGUGCUUUGGGGUCGUGGUGGGUUACGUGGUGACAAGAGAAGAUUUCAGACGGCCGCCGAAUCCAGAGGAAGAGGCUUUAUCUGUGCACUUUAAGACGCUGUCAGAAGGAGAAAUCCCCAGCUCGCCUUAAUUUUAUUACAUAGUAUAACAACUGCCUUCCUACUCAUAAAAAAAUGCUGUUUGUUUCAACCAUUAGUUGGGUAAAAUAUGCACUUGUUAUUUAAACACGGCAUUGGGCCAAUAAGGGAUGACGUUAACACGUUGAGUUGUAAUUUAACCUAUGCUGAGUCGCUUUAACCCAUUGUAG